AUGUCUGUACCUGUUGCCUCACUAUGCGAUCACUGCAGAAAGAUUUUUCAGCAUCCGAUCAGCGUUGAUGAAGAAAAGGUUUUACUACGAUCCGAGGACGUUCUUACGAUAUCGUCGCGCUUAUGGUGCCGCCUUUGCGCUAUUAUUGAUACAAAACUCAUCUCGCGCCACUUUGAUCAAGAAUGGCAAAUAUAUUACGAAGUUUGGGACUUGGAGUCUGGUCUAUCGCUCAGACUUUCUGCUCACAGCGCUACAACUGUUCAUGGAUCUUGUAUUGACCUGAACCUUAGAGACCCAGACAAACUUGACGGCAUAAAAUGCGAAGAAUCUAUCCCGGAUACUACGAAAGCUGCAUCGUCUUUUCAGUUCUGCGUCGACCAGCUUCAAAACUGCCUUAAGAACCAUGCUGCGUGCCGCACCAAGACUAUUUCGCGUCAUCUCGCAGACGAUCCCCCAUCUCGACUUCUCUACGUUGCUGGUCCUGAUCGGGAUAAAGUUUACCUCAGAACAACUGAUGAUUUACGAUCGGACAGUAUUGCUUAUCUCACUCUCAGUCACUGUUGGGGAAAGUCAAACGUGCCAUUGCUUAACAAGAGCACUUUCGAUGGCCUGACAGAUGGCAUCGCGGCUACCAGUCUCCCCAAGACGUUUCGCGACGCUGUACAGAUUACGCGUGACUUGGGUUUCGAGUACUUGUGGAUCGACUCCCUUUGUAUUUUCCAAGACAGCCGGGACGACUGGAACCACGAAUCGUCGAAAAUGUGCGAGGUCUACGCCAACGCGGUCUGCAAUAUCUCGGCGACGGGAGCUGCUGAUAGCACAGAAGGGCUGUUCUUCACCCAUAGGCAGGAGGUGGACUGCUCGUUCUUGGUAGACGUUCAUUGGCCUACAAACACAGUCGAAAAGAGCAGACAGCUCAAGAGAUACCUGGUAUUAUCCUCCACACAGUGGGAAGACUCUGUCGAAAAGCAGAAGUUAAACACGAGAGCUUGGGUUAUGCAGGAACGCGUUCUCUCCAAACGAGUUAUAUCCUUUGCUCGGGAUCAGUUGUUCUGGGAAUGUCUCGAUGUCCAUGCCAAUGAAGCUUUCCCAAAUGGAACACCAAAAUCCGUUUAUGGGGAACAGGUUUACUGGAUGUACAACAAGUUCAAAAUGAAGGAUUUACUCUAUGACCUUAUGCCGAACCCUUGCGAAUCAGGGGUUGCUCGUCCUAGAUCCUGGAAGUCGGAGCUGUGGCAUAGACACAUGUUCAAUAAUUGGCGGACUUUUCUCAUUUCUUAUACGCGUUGUGGAUUGACUAAGCCAGCCGACAAGCUGGUGGCGCUUCGGGGCGUAGCCGAGGGGUUUGCACGUUGCAUGCAGCUCAACCUCCAAGAAGACUUCGUCGCUGGGCUUUGGCUUCCACAACUUGGCUGGGAGCUCUGUUGGUUUGUUCAUUUUGAUCGGAAUCCGACCAAGCCAGUCCAGUGGAGAGCACCAUCAUGGAGCUGGGCCAGCAUUGAUUCCCAGAUCCACCCAGGCAGCAUCAGGCACCACCGACGCUGCAGAAAUAUCGUUGAAGAAUUCAGCCUUGUUCGGAUUGAAAGACGCCUGGAUUGGAGUGGCGAAAUGGCAGCCGUGGCCUUGCACCUGAAAGGCAAGCUUAUUCCCGCGACGUGUACCAUCAGGGAGCCUUACGGCGACCAAGACGGUCGAGUCAGAGGCAAAUGCUUGUCAAUUGACUGUGAGAAUGGGCAGUCGAUAUGUUGGAGAGACGACGCGGAUGCAUAUAUUUGUAUCGACACCAAAUUGAGAGCCGACGACGGCGAUUCAGGCAAUGUGCAUGUGGGGAAUUCACUCAUGGAAGCACUUGUGGUUGUGCCUCACGACACUGCUGAAGGGGAAUUUGUACGAAUCGGGUUACUAAGUAUCGACAAUGAGUAUGUGGAUUGCUAUUUGGGGUUGAGCCAACUAUUUGUGGAACGCGAUAUUGUCUUGGUUUGA